AUUUCGACGCCAUGGAGAAGACGCUCAAGGACAUGAACGAAGCGCUCGCGAGCUGCAUGACGCUCGUGAUCCCGCCGAUCGAAUACCCGCCGCAGAUGCGGCCGAACCCAGUGCAGCACGACUCGACCGACAUGGCGGAUCUGAACGAGCACAUGGCCCACUUCUUCUUCCAGGCCAAGAAGCUCGAGCUGCAGCUCUUGGCGCUCGACGAGCCUGGGCGGCCCACGACGGCGAACGAGCUAGAGGCCGAGAUCCAAUCGCUCGAGGCCGAGCUCAGCGACAAGAACGACCUCAUCGACAAGUACUCGGACGUUAUUCGCGGCUGGGAAGGCAAGUUCAAGCGCCUCGACUCCAAGAUGAACGCGUCCUAAGCCACCUGGCUGAACUGUAUUCUGCUCUUCC